AUGUGUUGUUCGCUGGCUUCCAUGAUAUCGGGCUGCCUGCUCUUGCAGGUAGCUUUAGUACAAUGCGCAAUCGUACCGGGUAAAGCCUUUGAUCGAUUCAUCAGCAUAUGGCUCGAGAAUCAGGACUUUGCGAAAGUAAUUGCAGACCCCGACUUCAUCGAUCUCAAGCGAUACGGUAUCUCGCAGACGAAAUACUAUGCACACACGCAUCCUAGCCAGCCAAAUUACCUCGCAUCGGUAGCUGGCGACUACUUUGGUCUCAACCAUGACGAUGUGGUGCGACUGCCCUCUAAUGUAUCUACCGUCGUGGACUUGCUGGAGGAGAAGGACAUUAGCUGGGGAGGUUAUUUCGAAGGUAACCCAGGACCAGGCUACAUGGCUGCUGGCAGCUAUGCAGUAGACGGCACCUGGGACUAUGUCAGGAAACACAAUCAUUUCGUUUCUUUCGACAGCGUCAACAAGGAGGGCCUGAGACUCGCAAAGCUACUAUCGUUCCGCGACUUCCAGCGGCACUUUGCAGCGGGCAUAGUCCCGCAGUUUGUCAUGAUGUCGCCAAACAUGAACAACGACGGACAUAACACAACUUUGGAAUAUGCGACCAAGUGGGCACACGAGUUUUUGCUACCGCUUCUAGCUGAUGGAGCCUUUGCCGAACCGACGGUCAUUCAGCUGACGUAUGACGAGUCCGAGGACUAUGGCAAGCCCAACCAGAUCGUCUCGCUGCUGCUGGGCAACGGUAUUCCCAAGUCGUCCCAGGGGACCGAGGAUGGUGAAUUUUACACGCACUACUCGGUGCUCGCGACAGCCGAAAACAACUGGGACUUGGCCAAUCUUGGACGAUACGAUGUUGGCGCCAAUGUGUUCAAGUUUGUGGCUGACGUGACAGGAUACGUCAACAAGGACCCGGAGAAUGCAGACAGCGUGGACAAUUCGAUAUCGUAUGCCGGAUUUCUCAACAAUGAGUCGUCCUUGGAGGUACCGCCCCCGAAUUUGAAGCUGACGGGGGCCGGUGGGCAGCCAAUACUCGAAUCCAUCCGCAAAGCAUGGCAGACGGACGAAUUCAAGGCGUCGCCCUACGAUGGUAGUGGGAGGGUCUUUGAUGGUGACAAGAAUGCGCCCGAGUACAAGAUCCAAGGGUGA